GCGUCACCAGUGGGGAGGAUGGGACCAGUUCAGGCUCCCCUGGCCCCGGGGGGAUUCGUGCUGCUGCCUCCCAAGCAAGCUCAGCUGCAGGGCGCAGUGGCUGCAAACCUCAGGGGAAACUAAUUUUAAUUGCGUAAAGGGGGUGCUUUUGGGGUUUUGCUUUCUUUUUGCAGUUUGUCUUUGGGAGGAGAAGGUGCUCAGAGGCACUGGCUGCUCACAGUGUACAGCAUGCGAGCACCCUGACACCAGCUUGGAGACAGCCCCGAGCAGGAUCCGGCCCAUCAGAGAGCGGUGCCCAGCCCAGCCUGGGGGUCAGGGAGGUACGGGACCAGAGCUGCCUUCUCCCUCACCUCCCAGCACCUUUCUCUGGGACCUAAUAAAGGCCCAUGCAGGACCUCGGUGAUGCUGCACCCAUGGCGAAGCUGGGCGAUGCCCCUGCUCAGGGCUCCAUCCCUUUCCUCCCACCACCCCAUGGAGCCAGGCUGUGGGUACAGGGGCCAGCCUCCAGCCCCAUGCAUUACCCCACAACCUGCUGAGGAUCAGCCCCCACGCCUGCCCUCACGGCCACGUCACGCCUCGUUCCUGUUCCUGCGUGGCGUGGUGCAGCUGACCAUGCAGCGCGCUGCCCUUCUCCUCAUCCCUUUCCUCUUCCUCAGCCGAGCCCAAGGGUGCGAGGACAGGGCUGUGCCUGCCGGAGGAGAGCUGUGGCUGCUGCCCAAGAAACCGCUGCAAGCAUGGGCAAGAUUGGAAUGGAGAGUGAUACUGGAUUCAGGAACCACGCUGGUCAUCGUGAGGGUUUCAAAGGAUAAAGAUCCAGAUUUCAGGAGUAAUUUUUCUAGGAGAGCCACCUUCCUCCUGGAGACCCUCUCCCUGCGCAUCAGCCCGGUCACCCAGGCAGACAGCGGCAAAUACUCUGUAGAUUUUGAGACUGCAUCUGGCAUCUCUCAUUCUCAGUGCUUCCAGGUGUCAGUGUGGGAGCCCAUCGGCCAGCCACAUCUGGAGGUGCGCACGCUGCAGCAGGAGCAGGGCUGGUGCAACUUCUUGCUGCUCUGCUCUGUGCCUGGUGCUGCCAAGGUCUUCUACAGCUGGUCCCGUGAUGGGGAGCCCCUGGGGCACGGGAACAUGCUGUGUGUGCAUGGGGACACCGAGCCCGGGACCUACGUCUGCAAUGCAAGCAACCUGGUCAGCUGGAACACGGCCAGCAUCAACACCGCGACGCUCUGCCUCCCUCCAGGCACAGGCGUUUCGUGGUCCUACUGCAAAACCAAGGGGGUUCUCAGCCUCCUGGUUCUGGGCAGCCUGGUGGCUGCUGUGGUCAUCACGCAUGUCCUCACGCAGCAGCAGGACAGGAGCCAGGCGGUGGCAUCCCUGCCCCAAAGCACUGGACCCCCAGGAAGGGACUCGCAAGCAGCCCGACCCCUGUGAGUUGUUAACCCCCAUGAAAACGUAUCAACAAGCCAAUAAAUCUCAUUUUCUCCAGCA